CCUCCCUCUAACUCUCGCCCACCCCACCCAUCGCUUCCCCCGCCUCGCCAUCGCCACCCGCCGACGAGAUCAGCGCCACAAAUUCCAGAUCCGCCGAGACCCUAGUUUCGAAUGCGAUCGCGCUAAGCCCUCGCGCGGCCUGCUGCUGCCCCGGUUGCGGCCAUGGCGCACAGCGGCGACCUCGAGCCGCUGCGCGCCGGUGCCGCGGCGCUGCCGUCCACCUCCGACCCGGACUCGCCGUCCACCCCUCGUCGGAACCGCGUGCGCGAGCUUCUGCGGAACCUGGAUCGCCGCCUCUCGAGCCGGGGUCGCCACCACCCCUCGGACGGCGCCACGACGCCGCCCGCGGCGACUGGGGCCGGAGAAGCGGGGACGGCCAGGAGGGAGGAGGAGGACAGCGACGAGCUCGGCGACGGCGCGCCGCCCGAGUGGGCGCUGCUGCUCGUCGGGUGCCUCCUCGGGCUCGCCACCGGCAUCUGCGUCGCCGCGUUUAACCGCGGGGUGCAUGUCAUACAUGAAUGGGCAUGGGCAGGCACACCCACCGAGGGAGCUGCUUGGCUUCGCCUGCAGAGGCUUGCUGAUACUUGGCAUAGGAUAUUGUUAAUUCCAGUGACUGGUGGAGUUGUGGUCGGUAUGAUGCACGGAUUACUGGAGAUAUUUGAGCAGAUAAAGCUAUCAUUAUCACCUCAGAGGGAAGGUAUUGAUUUCAUGGGUGCAAUCUUUCCUACAAUCAAGGCCAUCCAAGCUGCAAUUACUUUAGGGACAGGAUGUUCAUUGGGACCUGAAGGACCAAGUGUCGAUAUUGGUAAAUCUUGUGCAACUGGGUGUGCUGAAAUGAUGGAGAACAACAGGGAACGGAGGAUCGCUCUUAUUGCAGCUGGAUCAGCUGCUGGGAUUGCUUCAGGUUUUAAUGCUGCAGUUGCUGGAUGCUUCUUUGCUAUUGAAACAGUAUUGAGGCCACUUCGAGCAGAGAACUCACCACCAUUUACCACUGCUAUGAUUAUAUUGGCAUCGGUUAUAUCUUCAACUGUGUCCAAUGUUUUGCUAGGGGAGAAGGCAGCUUUUAUUGUCCCGACGUAUGAACUAAAAUCUGCUGCUGAACUACCGCUCUACCUUAUUCUGGGCAUGCUUUGUGGGGUAGUUAGUGUGGUAUUCAGGCAAUUGGUUGUUUGGUUCACAAAGACUUUUGACUUGAUAAGGAAAAAAUUCGGUCUCCCUGCUGUGGUCUGUCCAGCUUUAGGUGGUCUUGGAGCUGGUUUAAUAGCUCUAAGAUAUCCUGGAAUACUCUACUGGGGUUUCACCAAUGUUGAUGAAAUUCUACAUACUGGAAAAAGUGCUUCGGCCCCUGGGAUUUGGCUGUUAGCCCAGUUGGCUGCUGCAAAAGUUGUUGCAACUGCACUUUGCAAGGGUUCUGGUCUUGUUGGUGGCCUUUAUGCCCCAAGCUUGAUGAUUGGUGCUGCUGUUGGUGCUGUUUUUGGAGGCUCAGCGGCACAAUUGAUAAACUCUGCCAUUCCGGGUAACACUGCUGUUGCACAUCCUCAAGCUUAUGCACUGGUGGGAAUGGCUGCUACGCUAGCCUCAGUCUGUUCAGUUCCAUUGACAUCCGUACUGCUACUCUUUGAACUGACAAAAGAUUACAGAAUUCUACUUCCUCUGAUGGGAGCUGUUGGUUUAGCAAUAUGGGUCCCAUCUGUUCUAAGUCACUCCAGCAACAAAGACGUGUUUGAGGCUACAUCUCCUCGGCAUGGUUAUUCUUCACUGUUACCUCCUGCUGAUAGGAGUGAGACAGAUGGGAGACGACCAGAUGGAGAUGAUGUCGAACUAGCGAUUCUAGAAGAAGAUCCCUAUCACUAUGGUAGUAACAAUGAAGAGAUGCUUCUUGAUGAAUUGAAGGUAUCUCGAGCAAUGUCAAAGCAUUUUAUUAAGGUUACACCUACCGUCACCGUCAAGGAGGCAACACUGCUUAUGCAUGACAAGCAGCAAGGUUGUGUUCUUGUUGUCGACAAUGAAGAUUUUCUUGAAGGAAUUGUAACAGUUGGUGACAUUCGUCGUAAAGGCUUUGAAUCAAGUGAAGAUACUAACAGUACUGGGGGAAAUUCGUCUGUUUUGGAUGUAAAUUCUUCUCUUGUUACAUCAUGUCUCACACGAGGGUUUCAGUACCAUGGCAAUGAAAGAGGGUUGGUUACCUGCUUUCCGGACACAGAUCUGAGCACUGCUAAGGUGCUCAUGGAAGUCAAAGGUAUCAAGCAACUUCCAGUGGUCAAACGGGGAGCUGGUCGAAGGAACGACGGCAGGCGUAAGGUCCUCGGGCUUCUUCAUUACGAGUCAAUAGGACGAUGCUUAAGGGAGGAGCUCGAGCGGUGGAAGGCGCUUUAUGACAGAGAAUUUCCAGCAGCCAACAAUUAAUUGGCACUGAGCAGGGAGCACACUGAACAUGAAGAGCAGAAGUUUUGGUUGUACUUUUAGUGAAGAUACUGAAUACGUAAAGCAACAUUUCAACAGAAUUAGGGAUUUAGGCCCUGUUUGGAAGACGGGUAAUCCCAUGUAAAGUUUUGGUAUUUUGUUAAAAUUUGAACUAAAUACCAAAGCUCGGCCCAAAAUAUACUACUACCUUGAAUCUGAACAGGGCCUUAGGUUAACUUGAACACCUGUCUUAAAAGAGCCUCGUCGUCAAAUGUAAAGUCUUCUGGAGUUUACCAGGAUACAUAUUUUGUAUCGAACACAAAUUAUAAGAGGUGAUGGUGUGGUUUUUAGCUUUGAUCAUUCUGGGUUCUGACAUGAUCUAGUAACAUUGGUUGGCCUUGUUGGAACA